ACACAAUCUGUCAGCUCACUGCAGAUUGUGUCAACAGAUUGUUACUGAAAUUGAAUCGUCAGUAGCCUGCUUAUAAUUAGUAUUCAGUCAUCCUUUGGUCAUCCUCAAUGAUGACGUCUCCCAAUUGACACUUGACAGUUAACAGUUAUAUGAUUUUUUUACAGUAAUCUGGCAGGCAAAGUGGCCUACGUCAAUAUAAUCAAGAUUUACUUUAUACCGAACGAAUAUAUUUAAUUUUUUUAUAUAAUUUUAGUUAAUUAAAUUUACACCCAAUAUCGCAACUAAAAAGUUAGAACAAAAAUGUUUUAAGCAUAAAAUAAUAACAGUGAAUUUUAAAAUUGUGUCAGUGGAUAUAAAACGUACGCAAAUAUUAUUUAUAGUUAACUUCGUGACAUGGAAGCAGUAAAAAAGUCUGACGAUGUGGACGUUGCAUCGGCCGACGGCAAUUUAUUACAACCUCCAAAAGAAAUUCCAGUGCAUGCUAGAAAUCCUCUAAUGAAAGUCCGCACGUAUGUUUUGGCGCUGCGGCCAUGGUCUCUCAGUGGCAGCUUACUACCGACUUUGUUGGGUGCCGCCUUGGCAUACCGGCUUCCUGGCGACACUGGCUUUAGCUGGGUAACUCUACUGCUAACUAUGUGCACUGUAAUACCAGUUCACGGUGCAGGCAAUGUAGUGAAUACUUACUUUGACUUUGUAAAGGGAAUAGACAAUCGAAAGUCAGAUGACCGGACUUUAGUUGAUCAUAUUUUAAGUAUUGAUGAAGUGGUGUCUCUUGGGGCAAUCCUUUAUAUGUCAGGAUGUGUAUUUUUUGUAUUGCUAGUAAUAACGUCGCCAGCUCAAAUGGAACAUUUGGCACUUGUCUAUUUUGGUGGACUUUCUUCCUCGUUUUUAUACACGGGAGGUAUAGGUUUGAAAUAUAUAGCACUGGGUGAUAUUAUUUAUCUAGUCAUUUUUGGGCCUGUGUCAGUUGUGUUUGCAUUUUUAGCUCAAACAGGUAGAGUUUUGUGGCCUAUAUUUUAUUAUGCUGUACCGUUAGCUUUGAACACAGAAGCCAUUCUACACAGUAAUAAUACGAGGGAUCUUGAAGCAGACAGCAAAGCAGAAAUUGUAACAUUAGCUAUUCUUAUUGGAAGGACUGCAUCUCAUCUGUUAUAUGCAUUCUUAUUGUUUACCCCUUAUAUAAUGUUUGUAGUGGCUUCAGUGAGGUGUUCAUUCUGGUUCCUUCUUCCGAUGCUCACUCUGCACCAAGCCUUUGAAAUUGAAAGAAGGUUCCGUUGCCCUGAGACCAUGCAAUAUGUACCCAGGCAAACGGCUAGAUUAAAUUUCUAUUUUGGAAUGCUAUAUGUUAUUGCGUGUCUAUUUGCCUCCCGACUGCCCUUUCUUAUAAGAGAAUAAAACUAGUGUUAUUUUUAAUGGUGUGUACUUAAAUUGAAAUUGUGAGUGAAUGCCUUAAUUGUAACAAUAAUUGGUACUAACUUAUUAUAUUUUUUUAUAUUUAAUAUAAAUCAUUUUUACAAAAAUCAUGAAAAACUAUGUAUUUGGAUUGGAGUUCAGAAUAAAUUAUAAAAAUUGUAAAAUACAUAUCAAACAUACUGUUAAUAUUGUCUUCUUUUUUAGCUUAUUCCUGUGGGUCUGCAAUAUUUAUAUAAUGCUUUAAAUGUAGUUAUAAUGAUAAUUUGUUUGAAAAUAUAAUGUGUGCAUAUUUAUAAGGUGGUCUGCCUUAAAUGUGCUUAGAACUAUAAGCAGCUGUAAAAUAAUUAAGUUUAUAUAAAGAUGUGUGUACAAAUUGUUUUUGGCAAAUUAUAUACCUACAUCUUAAGUUUUGUUGAAAAAUUAAUAAAUUAUUUAGUAUAAAUAUUUAGAUUUAAUGUUUUGUAUGUUUAAUAAAUUACAUUAUUUUCCUGAAACUGGAUGGAAAUUGAAAUCGACUUAAUUGUAUGCAAUAUAAUGUUGUCAAGGACAAUAUUCAUUCACAUGUUAAAUAGUUCAAUGUAAUUCUAUUGUGCAUAUUUUUAUAUUAUUAUACUAUACUAAUAUGUCACUUAUCUCUCAAAUGUAAUCUCAUUGCUACCUCGUAAUCUACAAUUUAAUAGUGUACAACAUGGCUAAACUAUACAAAUCUUGCAAUUCACUGGAAAAGUACCUUUGAUCAAUUAUAAAAUAAAUGAAGCAUCACAAACGAAACAGUUCGAAUAAAGUGAUGCAAUAAGUUACAUUUUAAUAUAUCAUAAAUAGAUUUAAUGCUGGAAAGUUUUAAAACAUCAGCUUGAAGUCAUAAAAUGAAAACCAUGUAAACAAUUACAUGCCUUAACAUAGUGCAGUACAGAUCAUUUGAGUUAGCAAUUUAUUGAUAGUUAUAUCUUUUGAAAUAUUAUGAGCAUGUUCAUACUGGGCAAUAAAUAGAAUGUAAUCUAUGUUGGGCUUGGGAAUGAAGACUUUGACACUUACAUUUAGUUAUUGAUUGUUCAAGGGUAUCUUCAAAUAAUUCAGUGAAGACCUUUGAGACUAAUUACUUAAAAGUGUCAUAAUUAUUAUUCUUGAGAAAAGCAGGCUAAGAAAAAGCAUUUAUAAGCAUUUUUAUGUCAUAAGAUUUUUUAAAAUAGGUGAUAAUUCUAUUAAUUAUUAAACCAAUGUUAUGAGGAUAAUGUUGACAAAUAUACACAUUACUGUGACACUUGGAUGCAGUAUUACGACUUUUACCCAAAACAU